AUGUCGGCCAACUCCCUCGAUUCCCCAACCCAAAAAGGCACACUGGCAGAUGCCAUAAACGCCGCCACGCGCGCUCAGCACACCAAGCUCAACAGGCUGAUUCUCGCCCGCAUGCCCCUGGCCCUGCCUCCUCAUGCUGUCGACCCUACCAUCUACCUCUCGGGCCUGCUCCACAUUGCGCCCAUUUACAUGGCAUUUGAAGGGCUAUGGCGCGACAUUGUCGAGCACCGUGUCCCGGCCUCGGACGAGAGCUUCCCCGGCCGCGUUGAUGUCCAGGGCAACGUCGCGGCCCCCCCGGUCAGCGAUCGCAUCCACUCCAUACUCGCCUCCUUAUACAUCCCCGGCCUGGUGCGGUCCGACAGAAUGCUCGCCGAUAUAGCCUCUCUAACCGGAUCCUCUCCCCAGGACGUCGAGGAGCGCCUGCUGUCCGUCAGUCGCACCGGACACCUCGCCGCCUUCGUCGACCACAUCAGGCGUAUCAUUUCCCGCAAGCCCCACGUCCUCGUCGCCUACACCUACAUCCUCUUCAUGGCCCUCUUCGCCGGCGGCCGCUAUAUCAGGGCGACCUUCGAAAAGCCUGGCCUUCUCUUUUGGGGGUCCCUGUCGGACAUGGGCAAGCUAUCGCUGCUGGCCCCUGAACUCGGCGCAAUACCCCGCGCCCCGACAGAGCAUCACCAUCAAGCUCACCACCACCGCCAUCACCUUCACCACCACCAUAACCAAGAGAGCACUUCAGAUGAAACCCCGGGCUCCGACUCGGAGUCCCGCACGCUGCCCGUCAUGCCCGUGCGAUUCCUCCAUUUCAACACGCCAGCGGACGGCGAGGACUUGAAGUGCGAGUACAAGCAGAAGCUGUCGGAAUCGGAGGCGUUGCUCACUCGUGACGAAAAGGAAGACAUCGUGCAAGAGGGCAUCUGCAUCUUUGAAAACAUGAUCUUGGUUAUUCACCAGCUCGAUGCAGUCUGCGCCGCACAGGACCCUGCCGCCGCGGAGCGAUGGUCGCUGGUCGGCCUCAUGAAGAAUGCUCAUGUUGUGGGGGACCGCUUCAGGGACAGCAUCGCCGUCACGAGGCAGCGCUGGGAGAAGAGCUCGGCUCAGGAGUCCGUUUCCGAUGACGACGAGGCCGGACCCGAUGUCGCCAAGGCCGGUUUUCACCCGACAAAGGGGAGCGGCGCUCCCGGCCUCAGUCCCGCCGCCUCCAAGUCUGUGAGGUUCGAUGGAGCAUCGCCCCAUCCCGCCCGCUGCUUGCGGGGCGCCCCGAGGCAGAUGCAGGACGCCCAUGUGGCCAAGUGGCUACUGGCCACGGUGCUCGGCAUCCUCGGCCUUGGCCUCUUUUUCACCGGCCGACGAAGCCUUUUAGACUGGUUGCGCGUCUGA